UUCUUUCUUUCUUUUUUACCUUACCUGCAAUGCAAACUUCAAGAUUUCAAUUUUUUUAAGUCCUUCUGUGCACUGUGUAUUUGUCUGAAUCACUUUUGGUUUGGUUUUGCUUUGAGACAUAGCAAUGAAGUUUAUGAAGCUGGGUUCCAAGCCUGAUGCUCUUCAAGCUGAUGGAAACUCUAUCAGGGUGGGAGAAAGAGAUCGUGGUCCAUCCUUCGAACUGUGAUAUGUUUCACGAGCUUGUGGUCCAACUAUGGUAUAUCUCAUCUGAAUUGGCUACAGAUGUCACCGUUAAUGUUGGUGAUGUUAAGUUUUACCUUCACAAGUUCCCUCUACUGUCAAAGAGCAACCAACUACAAAAAUUGGUAUCAAAAGCUAAUGAAGAGAAUUCUCAUGAUAUUUACUUGGAUGAUUUCCCUGGAGGGCCAAAGGCCUUUGAAAUAUGUGCAAAAUUCUGUUAUGGAAUGACUGUUACUCUUAAUGCUUACAAUGUUGUAGCUGCUCGUUGUGCCGCUGAAUACCUUGAGAUGACUGAGGAUGUUGACAGAGGAAACCUGAUUUUAAAGAUUGAGGUGUUUCUUAACUCAAGUAUCUUCUGUCGCUGGAAGGAUUCUAUAAUUGUUCUCCAGACUUCUAAAUCUCUUCUGCCAUGGUCUGAGGAUCUGAAGAUCGUUGGAAGAUGCAUAGAUUCUAUAGCUUCUAAAACUAGUGUGGACCCAGCAUACAUCACUUGGUCUUACACUUAUAAUAGGAAAUUAACUGAACCUGAUAAAAUUGUCGAGGACAAGAUGACAUUUCUAGAGAAAAUCGAGUCUGUUCCUGAGGAUUGGUGGGUUGAAGACAUAUGUGAGCUGGACAUUGAUCUUUACAAACGAGUAAUGGUUGCUGUGAAAUCAAAGGGGAGAAUGGAUGGUGUUGUUAUUGGGGAGGCACUAAAAACCUAUGCAUUAAGAUGGAUACCUGAUUCGGUUGAUACAUUGGUUUCUGAUGCCAACACCUCAAGGACCAAAGCCGUGGUACAAACAAUUGUCUGUUUAUUGUCAUAUGAUAAUGGCAUUGGUUGUCCGUGUAGUUUCUUGCUGAAGCUAUUGAGAGUGGCCAUAUUAGUCGGAGUAAACGAGUCAUCAAGAGAGGAAUUGAUGAAGAGCAUUAGCCUCAAAUUGGACGAAGCUUGUGUCAAAGAUUUACUGAUUCCAGCAAGGUCUCUCCAGAUUACCACAUAUGAUGUUCAUUUGGUACAAGGUAUUUUGAAUCAAUAUAUGAAUCACGAAAAGGGAAGCUGUGGUAUGGAGGUUGUUGAGGAGAAACACGGAGGAGAAGAUAAAUAUAUUUUAGCACGUAGGUCUUUAUUGAAUGUCGGCAAGUUGGUGGAUGGUUAUCUUGGAGAAAUUGCACAUGAUCCUAAUCUUGGUCUCUCUAGUUUUGUUGAUUUGUCACAAUCCAUUCCUGAUUUUGCUAGACCAAAUCAUGAUGGUCUGUACAGAGCUAUAGACAUCUACUUGAAGGAGCACCCGAAUUUGACAAAAGCUGAAAGGAAGAAGUUAUGUGGACUGAUGGAUGUCCGGAAAUUGACAGCAGGUGCUUCUGUGCAUGCAGCACAGAACGAACGCCUUCCUCUUCGAGUUAUAGUGCAGGUUCUCUUCUUUGAUCAGGUCAGGUCUUCUAUCAGCUUUCGAACACCCGGAAACAAUAGUGCACGUGACCCUUUAUGCUCUCCAAUGAACCGAGAUGAGGGAUGUGAGACAACAGCAGGAGAUAGCUGCCAAGCCGCCCUCAAGAAUCAGAUGAGUCAUUGGAGGAUCAAGGAUGGAGAGUUACAUAAAAAUGGGAAGUUGGGCAAGAAGAAUAGCAAAAACAACAAAAGUGACAUUCAGUUGCUGCCAUCGCGGUCAAGGAGAAUCUUUGACAAGUUAUGGAGUGUGAGAAAAGGGCAUGGAGAGAAUAGGAGUUCAGAGACUUCUGGGAGUUCCAGUAGCCCAACUUCUUUAGGCCAGGGAGAUACCAAAUCAUAUGGCCUAUCUUUGAGACACAAGAGGCAUUCUAUCUCUUAGGGAGUUAGUAAAUUAUUUGGAACAGGUGAGAAAGAUUCAAAUUGCUGUCUAAGUGUAAAGUGGUAGGAUGUUGUUAGCAUUGCAUUAAAAUGUAAUCUAGUAUUGUAGUUUAUCUUCCUCUCAAGUGUAAGAUCUUCCAUCGUACACAAUGCUCACUGGACUAGGGAUAUGUAGCAUUGCUUCUAGCUUGAACGUUUAAAAUAUAUUUUUGCUCUUUUUAUAAAUAUGCUAAUAUUUUAUUUUA